UGCAUAGUCACGUUUCAGAUCGAAACCCGCCCCCGAACUACGCUCUAUAUGCAGCGAUCCGCCUCGGUCGCUCCAUUCGUUUUGUACUUCCGUCUUCUUGGAAUCUUGUCGAAGCCUCCGCAGCCUGAUGCUCAGAGCCAAUUUAGCUGAGCGACACCCUCUGCACCAUUUUUCAUCCUGGAUGUAAUUCGUCCCGCUGCCGUCUGAAGAGCUACUUUUCUCUCGGGGAACAUCUCCAGAAUCUGGCUUCUCAUGAUUCAGAACAAGGGCACCGCUUCAAGACUCUCUAACUGGCUCACAAUUUCUCGGACCAAUUGCUCCUGCGCCAGUGGCCUUUUUGACUUUGAUCAGGACUUUUCCUAGCUUCUGAGCGCUGGUCUUGUCCAAGGCACUUAAGCCAGCAACUCACAAAGGAAAGAAAACAACUGACAUUCCCAGUCUGAUUUAGUGCUCCUCGCCUGUACUCGCUCGAGUGUUCGAGCUGCCAGCUAGGCUCCUCUCAAGAAGAACGUCUUGCAACAACCCUUCCAGAUAUGUGCCUCUUCCACAUUCUCAACUGCUCCGCGCGCAAUGCAUCUGAACUGCGCCGCACCCUUACGAGGCCUUCUCGGGAGGUCAUCGCCGCCGGCUUGAUCCGGUGCAAGUGGCACGAAGCCGUCACGAGAAGCGACUGGGAUGCCCAAGACCCCUCAAAGUUUCAGGAUCCCGAUGCCGUCUGUCCCUAUGUGGUAGUGCGUCACGACGAAACCCCCCUUCCCGAAGAUGUCGUCAAGACUAUUGUGGAAGCCGUAUACCUGGAAUGUGUUCCCGACCGCGGCUGCCCAAAAUGUGAGGAGACCAUAUCCGCCGAGGAGAUGUUGGGUCCCCUCCCGACAAGGGCAGAGAAGCUAGAAUGUCUUCGCGCAUCGGACCGUUCUGCCAUUGCUAAAGGUGGAGAUGCCUCUCAGCGUGGAGUUGUGGCUGUCCCAAGUACUGGGCAGAGACCUAGUGAAGGGACAACCGGGCCGAGCAGUGUGAAGAGGAAACAUCACAACGGGAAGAACGACAAAGGAAAGAGACGAGAUGAUGACGACGAUGUUGAUGAUGCUAGCAGUGAUGAUAUCCGUAUCGUUGAAGAAAGACAGGUGAAGAGACCCCGCUUAGGGAGUCCGCUGCAGAAAAGCAUUCAGGACGGAUCCCGAACCGUCAGUCCGGCUUCCGCCGCAAGUAUACAACCUGCAAAUUCUUCAAUGGCGAAAAGCGUCCCCCCAGUCUCGGAGGAAGGGGAAACGUCUUCAUCGCCGGCUUCGGCCAGCGCGACCAUCGGCAAGGGGAGCAGCUUGAAUUUAAGCGACGCAGCCUCGCGCGGACUUACUCACACACUGCGCUCGCCUGGACCGCCGCCUCAGGGUAGUGAGAAUGAGGAUGCACUACAGAGACGGAAAAGGGAGCUGAGCCUCGCAAUGGCUGUGCACUUGAGCGCGGGAGCACGGCAUUCGCGCGAGGCAGCACCUCUCGCAGAGAAAGUUCGUGGUCCCACCAGAUCCUCGAAAGAAAGCAAGGAGAACGAAGCUCUUUCCAUGCCUCCUCCGGCGCUGAAUUCGAAACGUUGUAAUGUCAUAGAUCUGACGAGGAGUUCCACCGUUGAAUCGUCGAGAUCCGAAACCGAACCACCAAAGUCACCAACGCCAUCGGUAGAAAAAAGGGAAAGAGCUAUCAGAGACCAUGUCAGCGACGCCUUUAGACGUCUGGAUUCAGCUGCCGCCCAACAAAAAGACCUUCCUCUGCGCGGGGCCGAGACUCAAGAAGACGGUGAGUUCGGACCAGAAGUCCUUCGCGCCGUCCGCGAUGGCUACUUCCAGACUGCUGUGGAGGAGGUCUCCCGCCGACAUUGGGACCUAGAUGCGCCUGUAAGCUCCUCGAAAGCGGCUGGCGGGCCAAAAGGUAAAGACGACACCCUCCUAGACAGCAUCCGGAUCUUGCGCGCCGAGAAAGCUGCCUUCGUCGACCGCAUCGCCGGGCUUCUUGAGGAGAAGGCGGCGUCGAUGGAGAGGGAGGCGGCGCUGCUGAGAAGAGUCGCCGAGCUGGAGCGGAUGGUACAGGCCAACGGGAGCGUGAAAGCAAAGGGAACGAUUUCCCCAUCGCCGUCGCCUGGGACACGAUAGGCGGGAGAAGCAGGUCAAGAAGCGAUGUUUCGACGGGAAGAUAUGUGCUCAACCGCAGGACAUUAGAGGGUGAAGAGUCCUAGGGCUGCUACUGAAUAGACACUGUAUUGCGCUCGGCAUUACAAACGAGGAUCACGCGAAACAAGCAAACGUCACAACAGGAUCUUCGCCAUGUCGAGUACUACAGGUAAACCCACAUCCCACUUGAGCUCCUCUGAAACGCUCUCGCUGUGGAAACAAGGUGGUGCAGCCCACAUCUCUAUCCACCUAGAUGCUAUGGGAAGGGGACGAUGAUCCUCCAAUCAUCGAUGCAGCAGGGCUGGCGACAGAUCCGAGCUACCAUAGGGGCUUUCGGAGGCAAUAUCAGGACGAAAUGCAAGGUGAAAGUAUGAACCGAGAAGGAAAAUCCCAGGAGGCGGGUUGGGAAAAGGAGAUGGACGAGACCGAGUCUCCCUGCAUUUCUCCAAGGAAAGAGCUGGAAAGUAAUUAGGUACGGCACAAGGGCCAAUCCGAAGAGACGCGGACGGCGCUGAUAUCUUUUUGUGACUCGGGUUCGGGUUUUGAAGGAACUGAGCAGCAUCAAUAGCUACUGAUCGGGUUGUGCUUCAUUCCUCCUUCAUCCAGGGUUUGUAGCCCGCUAGGACAUCUGCUCCGGUAAACACCAGCUUUCCUCCCUUGGAGAAAGAUCAAGAGGGAAGAAGGACAUAGUGCAGCGCAGAUGCUUGGUCGAGGAUUUCUUUCUGUGGC